AUGAGUGUCGCCGCUGCUAUGCGACUGCAGGAGCACGCAACGGUGGCUGCAGCAACAGUGGUUGCCAUGGAUGAUGCUCCUUUAUAUCAUCAGCAUCAUUAUCAAGCACAGGUGUCAAACUCACCAGGUUCAGGUGGUAUUAAGCAAAAACGUCAACUCAGUAAAUCCCAAUCUGGAGCCGAGGCGCCCAACUCUCCUGUACCCUCGACUGAAAUAGCGCCGGUUGGAAGUUCGUCAAUUACUUUCAAGACUUUAGCUUAA